AUGCCUGCCAUCUACAAAGGAGUUGGCCGCUCCAAGGGAAAUAUUUUCUUGGACGGAAUGCAUCCGCUGGUUUCCCUUAUGAUAAAAAUCAUUCCCAGUCCUGAUUGGUUUGUUGGAGCCAGUGGCUUGAAUUUGUGCUCUAAAGGCAAAUGGCGCAAGAAGGCCAUCAUGAAACUAUUCCCUGUUGAUGCUGGUACCGACCAAGGCUUGACUUUCACUUCUCCCAAUUGGCCAUCCUAUCCACCAAAGAAGAUCACCCGAAUUACUGCCUCUUUUCCACACCAUGAAGCCAGCUCUUUUUAUUAUCCAAAACUGAAGAAAUUACCACGCAUCGGCUACGUCAUUUUUCACAAAACCACCGAAUCAAAAAUAACUUUCAAGCGUCGAAAACCUUAUAAGAUCCACUUGGCUGGUGUCUCCGACCGAUCCCUGUCUGUCGUAAUGCACAAAGAAAUGAAAAUCUUAAACGGUUCUCACAAACCGACCACUCUUGUGCAAUCAGAUCAAAGACCUGGGGCCAAAAAACCUGAGUCGGCUUCAGUUAUUUCCAACCAGGAACCACAACCGAAUGCAUCUGUAAAACUAGCAAUUACUGACAACAACACAGGUACACCUCUGGAUUGCCUCGUAAGCAACUGGGGUCAUUGGAGUGAAUGCUCAAAAACAUGUGGUUUUGGAAGACGAGAGAGGCACCGUUUUGUGACCCAACAGAGGAAAAACCGUGGACUUAUUUGUCCUAAGCUCAAAGAGGAAGAACUUUGCGUUCUCUCUCUUUAUCUCUCUCCUUAUUUCUUUCUCUUUCUUUCUCUCCUUAUUUCUAUCUCUUUCUCUCUCUCUCUCCUUAUUUCUUUCUCUUUCUCUCUCUCUCCUUAUUUCUUUCUCUUUCUCUCUCUCCUUAUUUCUCUCUCUCCUUAUUUCUAUCUCUUUCUCUCUCUCCCCUUAUUUCUUUCUCUUUCUCUCUCUCCUUAUUUCUCUCUCUCCUUAGUUCUCUCUCUUUCUCUCUCUCCUUAUUUCUUUCUCUUUCUCUCUCCCCUUAUUUCUCUCUCUUUCUCGCUCUCCUUAUUUAUUUCUCUCUUUCUCUUUUUGUCUCUCUCUUUCUCUUCUUACUUCUUUCUCUUUCUCUCUUUCUCUCUCUCCUUCUCUCUCUCUCUCUCUCUCUCUCUCUCUCUCUCUCUCUCUCUCUCGUUCAUUUAA